AUGAGCGCGUCUUGGGCCGCGACGCUCAAGAGCCACCACCAGCGGUUGGUCCACGCGAGCUCCGCCGAGCGACGGAGGAGAGCUGCGAGGCUCGACAAGACCACAUUCCUCGCUAGCCUCCGGUCCGCCAAAAAGGGCACGGCAGCAGGACCGUCGGGGGUCCGCGCUGAGCACCUCAAGCCGCUGCUGGAACACGAAGAGUCCAUGGACCUGCAAGGAUUCGUCGCCGUUGCCCUCGCGGAGGCGCGGAUUUGUCACGGGCAACGCUCCGCCUACCUGUGGCAAGACAAAAUGGGGACUUGUGCACGACGCGCGGAGCAGGGGGACGCGCUGGCCCCAGCCCUCGUCGCUCUUGCCCUGCGCGGAGCGCUGGCGGGCGCCUCCAAGACCCUCGAGCAAGGGCACUUCCUAGUCGCUAUCUUGGACGACGUGUACAUCAAGACCACCAGGGCCAGGGCCAGAGCCGCUUCCGACACCACCGCCGGAGCAAUUUACCUCCACGCACACGUGAAUGGCCACCUUGGCAAGUGCCGGGAAAUCGCAGAAUACGCGAGAGGCCACGACGGCGAUAUGUGGGCCACCCUGCGCCGCCUCCUCGCGGACCCCGCAAUGUCGCAAGACGAUAAGCGACGGGCGCGCGCACUGGCAGCAAUGCGAAGCCUGGGCGACACGGAGGACUCGGGCUCCAAAGCCGCCGAACCGGGGGAAGGGCAGCACGGCUGGCAGUCCCACGCUUGUUCCGCACGCAACACACACUACAGGGACAACGUGUUCAUGCCCAGCCUCACCGGGACCAACCAGGGGCACGUGUUCAAGCCCGCGCGGUUCCUGGCAGCCUUGCGCCGGCGCCUCAGGGGCGGCUGGCACCGGCCGCGCACCUUCGACACCGACGGCGCCGCGCUACUUGUAGCCGAAAGGCGGGACCGCGACUCCCUCCAGCUGGUACGCCUGCUUGCCAAGCAGAAAGCGCGGGCCGCGCCGGCCCUCCUCCGCCGCUCCGCGGAGCUCGCGUACACCAACCGCUGGUGGGGGUUCCUGAGCGUCGCGGCCCAGGGCGCGCUCAUGGCCACCCUGACGGGCGACGGCCACCUAGCCUUGGGGGGGGCCGCCGGGGAGGACGACCCAGACCUGGCCGAAGUGCUGCUCGCA